AUGGGCACGCAAGAGGUUGCAUUGCGUUGUACCAAAAUAAUUAUUUGGACCGAUCUUGUCUUGUCGCUUGUUAAUCAAACUGGAGCGCGGGCGCUGGAUCAGCUCUGGGGUAAGUUAUUGGAAGCUUCAGCGGCUUGGACAGAAACGGUGGUCCGGAACUCGAUGCAGCGCGGCGGUCGGGAUCGCACGCCUGGCUCAAGGUUCCAGGUUAGGUGGACGCCCUAUCUCGGCCGGGCGCGUGGAACUCCCGGCGCCGGAGAGCAGCUUCUGGUUGAUUUGGGGCUAAGGUCACCACGCACAAACACUACCGCCUUGUUCGGCGAACUUAAUGCACGAUCCAUUGAGAUGAGUGUGAGCCUGAGGGCAGGCAGUGGUUUAGGAGCGGGAAAGGGCACGGGCGUUAGAGCCAGGGGACAUGUCUUCGAUGGCAUCGACACAGGCAAAUGA